UGUAAACAGGGCCUGAUGAAAAAGUCUUAACGUGAUAACUAAUGGACAGGUCCCAUGUGAAAUGUACUGUAAAAAAAAAAAUGUAUAUCUUAUUUCGUGGGCAAAUCUAGUCGAGCACUUUUGGUGACAGGUACAGGCGCCGUGCACAACGCUUUAAUUGUCGUUCCUCAAUUCUAUCACUAGAGAGCGACCUGACACUUAUUUUUCAAAGGGAAAACAUCUUAAUAGCGUUGAAAUCACUCGCAGUCUCUUGCCCAGCAGACCGCUUGCUUCUUCAGCGGGUAUUUGACUGUGUGCAUUCCCUUAUCACGCGCAAGCAGGUCUGCGGAUCGCGUCCCUUCCUCCCUCUGCGCGCAGGAUGGACCCGAAGAUAACCGAAUCGGACCCUCCACCAUAUCGCAACGGAAUCACCCAGGUUCUGCAGUACGGGGAAUUCACAGCCACCGGCAACCGAAAGGUGAGGUACGCGGUGAGUUUAACCGAGAGAGAUCUCACCAUUCAGAAGAUCACGUCAACACCUGCGGGACGGAGCAAGGUGGUUUUCAACUUGAGGGACUGUGUCGGCUGCCGGGCUUUCAGCGCAGAUGACAACGCGGACGCGUACUUCUCUGUCUAUUUCUACCCCUUUAAAAGACGAUGGAUGAGCUCUGGAGUGGCCAGGCAGCGGGUCGAGCAGUGCUUUCGGGUAUCCCAGUUCCAGGACCCACGCGCCAACCUGGAGGAGGCAGAGAAAUGGGCUGGCACCAUCCGGGAGAGCUCUGUUCGCCAACAACAUUUGAGAAAUCGCGUGCUUUACAGUGAGGUGCACCGUCCCUGCAGCGUCAUGCUACUGGUGAACCCCCACAGUGGGAAGGGCCAGGCCCUCAGCCUCUUCACCGGACACGUCCAACACAUGCUUAACGAGGCCGGUGUCCCACACACUCUGGUCAUCACUGAGCGGCAGAACCAUGCCAGGGAGUUGGUGAGAGAGGCUGACCUGUCACAGUGGGGUGCUCUAGUCAUCAUGUCCGGAGACGGACUGCUGUUUGAGGUUGUGAAUGGCCUGAUGGAGAGAGAGGACUGGGAGGAGGCCAUCCAGACCCCACUGGGAAUUCUACCUGGGGGCUCUGGUAACGCCCUGGCUGCCUCUAUACACCACUACUCUGGGGCCCAGCCGGUGUCAAGCGAGGAGCUGCUGGUCAGCUGUGGCUUCCUGCUGUGUAAGGGCCUGGUGUCUCGCAUGGACCUGGCUUCCAUCCACCUGGGCUCCAGCCCCUCCAACCCCACCCGCCUCUUCUCCUUCCUCUCGCUGGCCUGGGGCUUUGUGGCUGACGUGGACGUGGAGAGCGAGAAGUACCGCCACGUGGGCGCCGCCCGCUUCACCAUGGGGACGUUGGUCAGGUUGGCAUCUUUGAGGGUGUAUAAGGGCCGCCUGGCAUACCUGCCGGUUGACGAGGUGGAUGGAGAGGAGGAGGAUAGGCAAUCGUCAGUCUCGUUGGAGGAGAUGACGAGCGUGUCACCUCAAUGCCAACCGCCAUCGUCUGCAUUCUGCUCCUCUACCCUCCUCUGCCGGCCUUCGAAGGACUCGCCGUGCCAGAACGCAGCUCACAACUCCCGUAACUCAAACAACGCCUUCAAGGCGAAGAAUUGGGAACCCAUGUCCGCUAAUGCCACCCUAACAGGCCCGCCAGACUCUCUCCUGGUGCCCCUGGACCAGCCGGUGCCCAGUGACUGGGUGGUGGUGCCCGAGGAGGACUUUGUCCUCAUGCUGGCCAUGUACCAGUCUCACCUGGCAAAGGACCUGUAUGCCGCACCCGACUCUACACUUGAUGACGGCCUCAUCCACCUGAUAUAUGUCCGAGCAGGCAUAUCACGCACGGCCCUGCUCCGUCUCUUCUUGGCCAUGGAGAAGGGAACCCACCUGGCCAACAACUGCCCCCACCUGGUGUACACCCGGGUGCGGGCGCUGCGGCUGGAGCCCUACUCGCCAAAAGGGGUGAUCACAGUGGAUGGGGAGGUGGUGGAGUAUGGGCCGGUCCAGGCCCAGGUUUGGAUUGGAUGUGCCAUGAAGGAGGAGCAAGGCUAGAACACAAAAAGUUCACAAUGGGGACAUGAGCUCAUCUCAUUCCUCCCCCUACUGCUGAAUUGAUUGAGCUCAUCUGGCGUUCCUCCCCCUACUGAUUGCUAUUUUAGAGCAGCAGCACAUGACUUUCCAAUCCUUACCUUGGUUGCGUUCUCCUGCUCAGACGUUGUGUGCCACGUCCGACUGACAGAUCGCAACAGUAUUACAUGGUUAGCUGAUACAUAAAAAUACCUAUCUAGGAGUUGUAAGCUCUGGCAGUCGUCGGCAACACCUGGGAAGAGGAACGCGCCCCUUAGCAUGCUGGAAAUCAAUGAGUUAUUAUGAUGGGGAAAUGGAGGUGAAAAUAUCAAGAUGCACACGAGUCGCUUAUUUCAGUUCCUCCAUGAGAAAUUGUUGUUCAGAAUUCUGAUUUUCACAGGAGUGUUCUGCUUGACAUAUGCGCAAAUCCAUUCCUUGUAGCUAGCUUGGGCCAUGAUUUUUCCUGACCACUUCACUUGACUAGAAAACUCUGUGCCCUACUCAGCCUAUGCAGCCCCUGGCGCUUUCUCAGUUGUAACAAUUCUUACCCUUCCCUUCCUCAUCAGUAGGCUGGCAGGCUUUCACCUGGCCAGUUCUUUCAGAUCAGAGCAAUGCAGGAAAGGAAGCGAGGACAGAUUUUAAACGAUUGAGAAAGAGCCCCUGAAACUGUUUGGUGUGCCUUGAACAUGUUGCCCCUUAGUGGUGGGAAGAGGGGUGUGUACUGUACUGAUGCUUAGACUUGAUACCGGUCCUAUUAAUCUUCAAUAUUUCAUUUCCUCAUUGGAUUUCUAAGGGGACAGACCAACUCCUGUAACCCAUUUCCAGUUGAAUUGAGUGCUUGCUUAAGAACAACAAAAAAAAAGAGGAUUGAUGAAGCUUAGAUGUCCUCGUUUGAAAACUCAGGCACAGGCCCUAAUAUACUCCAUUGUUGACACUUGAAGGUGUCUAGCUAAAGAACUUCAGUCCGGUACGAACCCAAAACUCUUGGAUUUGUUAGAUGUAACCGUCUUACUGCUGCUGCUUGACUGUUGUCUAAAUUGACAGUGUUUUUCAGGUGUAUUUGGUGAAGGGAUAGUAACUGUUCUUUUUAUAAAUCUUGAUUGAUGUUCUUUACUUGAGUUGAAUACAGAGUUCUAUUUUUCCACUUGGCAAAAUGUUGAAUCAAAUAAAGUGAAAACCAAAA